AGGUACUUCAAACCAGCCUCAAACCUAGCUCUUACUCUCGCUCUAUAACUGGUAGCUUUAAUUAUUGUUGACUUAGGCAUCGGAGUGUCUACGCUGAGGACCAACCUCGGUGUAACACCCCACAUAUCUUAGUGAAUAAUUUAAAAAUUAGUGUCCUUUAGUUUAUAGCUUUAGGGAUUAAAUUGAUUGAAUUUCAAGUUUGGGGGUUUUAAGUAAAACUUAGUAGAAGUUGAAUGACCAUAACUCAAUUAUUCCAAUUUUGCUUACCACAUGGCAUUCUCCCAACCAAGUUUUUUGGUCUUUGUCGGUGGAAGCUUGGAUAAGCCUCCAGAAGGCUCCCAAAAGCCUCAUUUGGUUUUCCUAUGCUUUCCUCUUCCACCUCCAUCGUUUUCUUCCUACUUUCUCCCAACCGAGGUUAAGGUCCUUUUGUUAGGUAAGUAUAAGUUUUAGUUAUGAAUUUUGGGUUAGAGUUUUGGGUAGUUUAAAUUGGUGAGAUUUGGCUUUAAUCCUUUGGUUUAUAAGAUUUUUGGGUAUUAAACUUUUAUUAGAAAUAUCCUUAAUUUUGGGGCUUCUAUGGCAAAGAUAGUGAGUUAGUCCUUUCUAUGGUUUGAUUUGGGUGUGAUUUUUGCUACAGGAAUUAGAAGGAAAUUGUAUUAUUUGCGAAUUAUUGUUCAUGAUUACUGUUCACGAUUACUGUUCAUAAUUACUGUUCACAAUUACUAUUCACGCAUUAUGCUUUGAUCUCUUCCAAUAGGGAAUCCUAAUAUUAUUUUGGACAUAUUAUGAAUUUGUUUGACAUGCGUAUGUGUUUGUGGCUAUAAAGUGGACCUAAGCUUAAAGCUUGGGGUAUUCAGUAGAUCCUUCGGGGUAUUUAGUGGACCUCUGCGCAGUAGGGUUAGUACCGUGAUUAGCUCCGGUACAGUGUUGCUAGCACACCUCAGUGGACUCCAUAGCAUUGUGUAAUUUUCGAUUUUAUGUAUUGCGCUUGUGACAUUGUAUUUGUGAGCAUAUGAUUUUAGUAUAUGAAUUCAAUUUAAAUGUCAUUGAUUAUUACUUGACAUUUGUGCUUAUGAUUUGAGAAUUAUAAUAUUAUGUGAUUUGAUUUCGUUGUGUUUUGUGCUCUUUAUGUGGAUAGGUCUAAAGGUCUUAGGACCCAAGUUUAUAGCUUAAACUUAUUACUUACUGGGUUGUGAGCUCAUAAAAUUCCACCCCCCCCAUUUUAGAUCAGUAGAUCGAGGUAGCAGCCUCUCGGUUUAGGAGCUUUUGGCAUAGGACUCACAUGCUCGUUGUAUGUACAAGCUAGGGCCUCGUGUUUUCAAUAAGGAGGCAGAUCGAUAUGUUACUAAAACCAUGACUCAGCUUUUGUUUUUUUGAAAAGUUUUGAAUAAGAAUUUGCCUCGUAU